UUGUGAACGCACGUGAUUUGUUUUGAUCGUAUAAAAUUGUCGUUUUGAUUAAGAAGUAGUAAUCCUAGUUUGGUGAAAUUUUUACACAGUGUCUGUUACCCCAAGAUAUACAAGUGAUUCCGAGCUAUGCAUAGCCCUUGCAUUCGCUCUUCAAUAUUCUCGAUUAUGCACAUUCUGCUGGAUGCUACUGAUGACACAUAAUAUGCACAAUCAAUUCAGGACUGGUUUGCAUUUGGUGCCCGUAACGGAUAAUCACAUAACGAAAAACUUUCUCAGAUACUCAUUAUUCGGAUGGGGUCUACCUUUCGCUCUUCUAAGUGCCAGUAUUUUAAUUCAAUACCACGACAAGGCGGGCAAGCUCCUCGACACAGCGUCUCUAAAAGGACAAAAUUGCUGGUUUUUGGAUACGAAUGCCUUUAUCUACGGACUUCUUGCUCCCAGUUGUAUUAUUAUCUGCGCAACAUUCUACUUCUUAGUGAGAUCGGCAAUCAUUGCUCGGUAUAUCAUCAGCAUGCAGGCGGAUAUCAGAACGCGCGAGAGAAUGAGUCGCAAGAGAACGUUACAGAUACUUCUUUUUUCUAAGAUCACCAUCGUCUUGAGCAUUGUUCUUGCAUUAGCAGCAGUGAGCAAGUUGUCGAACAAAUCAGAGCUCUUCUGGAUAUCAUACCACAUGGCACAAGGUUCUCAGGGAAUCCUUGUGUCACUACUAGUAACGUGCAACUGUCAAGUUCUGAAGCUGUACACUAGAAGCUUGAAAUCACGUGCUUCUAAGCACGUGUCAUGUUACGUCAACAAUAAAUCAUCGAAUAAUAUGUUAAGUAAAUCUACCAGUCUUCAACUACUCACGUGGGAACCAAUGCCAGAUUCGGUCUAAAUUUAAAAAUGUUAUUUGUAUUUGUAUUAGGGUCACAGGGACAUGGGUAUCUCCAAAAAUUUAUAACACAGGAACUGAAUUUAAAAGCAAGAAAAAAUCUAAAAGAUUCAAAUAAAAAUAUAAAUUUAAGAGAUUUCUUAGGUCGGAAACAAAUUCUAAUCUUCACCUGUGCCCCAUCUUUCCAUAAUUUGCAAGUAAAAAAGGGCGAUAAAUGAAUAGACGUGAGAAAUUUAAAAUAUGCAUUUCUCAACACAUCAAUCUAUCUAGGUAGAUAUCAAACGAAUUUUGAUUCGUAGUACUCAAUUAGUGGGUAAGAACAGGGGUAAACAGAGACAGUUAAGAUUUACUUCCGUUUCAGAGACCACCACCAUCUGUUUAUGUACAUUUCGACCCCUUGAUCUCCUUAGAACAGUCCGUGGUAUGCUCUGAAUUGAAAGGAAAUCUAACUAUCUUGUAGAAAAAUUAUUAAGAAAUAAUAUCGUCGCCUUAGUACUAUAACUUGAUAACCCCAAAAUUGACGUUUUUGUAGAUAACUAGUUCACAAGAUGUAUUUUAUUUGCCUCCAUAUUUUGUAAAACCUUGAUAACUCACUCCAAACGGGUUAAGCAUUUAUUUAUGAUUGAAAGUUGAUAAAACUCAAAUGCCCCUAAUAUUCAGUGCUAAAACUUGACAAGAUGAGUUAUCAAGUUAUUGUUUAAUCGAAAUAAUCGUGAAUGCGACAUACACUGAAUGUUACAACUAGCUAACUCUAGUUAUCUAGUUGUAGCACGUGUUUUUCUGAAACCAUUGAGCCUACCACGUAACUGCUAUUUGUUGAUUCGGUUCAUAUUAAUGCGAAAAUUCGAGAAUUGUGAGCAGAUCUGGCAACCUCCAUGGCGGAGGGCUAAUUUUUACCAAAGUAAUGCUUAAAUUAUUAGUUUUGUCAAAAAGUUCACUUAGAUGCAACUUGGCACGAUAUGCGACAUUACCAAAUGUUAACAUUAUGGUAGUGCUAAAAGUUGAUAACUUUACUUUUUCAUGUUAUUUUCCAUAUUGGAAAACGAAUUUUCAUCGUAUUCCUAAAUAUAUCAGUAGCCAAAAAGUUAAAGAACAGUAUUUUAGAGCUGCAGAGUGAAUUCUGUAUUUCCCAACCAUGGUAGCAGCACAAAUAUCUUUAAAAUCUUUAAACCCGUUGAUCUUAGAACUACUAAUUUCGAGUUAUCAAGUUAUAGUAUUAAGGCUAUCAUGGACGCAAUUGUCAUUUAUAUCAAAAACAACGAGAAACCUACAGAUUUAAAUAAAAAUAGAAAUAUAAAAGAUUUCUUUGAUCGGAAACAAAUCCUGAACUUCACCUGUACCUAUUCCUUUUAUAAUUUGAAAGUAAAAAGGGCGAUAGAUGAAAAGACGUGGGAAAUCUAAAAUAUGCAUUUCGCAGCACAUCCAUCUAUCUAGGUAAAGAUCAAACAAAUUUUGAUUCCUAGUAGGUACUCAAUUCGUGAGUAAGACCGAAGGUAAAUAAAGGCAGUUAAUAUUUAAUUCCGUUCCAGAAACCACCACCAUCUGUUUAUGUAGAACAAAAUUUAUUUUAUUCCUGUUUGAAUAUCUUACAUAUUUUACUAUUUAUCUUCGGAAAAUAUUAUUAAAUUAGAAAGCAGAACAAACCUCUCAUAACUAGAUACAAACAGGUGCAUAAAACAACCGGUGAAACUCAAAACUGUUAAAAAUAAUCUUAAACAUCCUGAGAAACAUAAACAAUAUUAUGGUAUACAUACAGUGAAUAGAAGAUAAAAAUGGUAAUAUCAUCUAUCAUAACCAUGAUCAUACAGCUUCUCCAUUCCAUACAUCUCCAGUAAAUUACAUUUUGGCAAGUUGUAUCUAGUUAUGCUCUAUUCUCUAUAUCGCCUGCUCAUCUUAUCGGUAGUCACUUCCGGUUUCUCUUACCUCCAUAAGGUCUCAAUUCUACUAAUCUCUUAGUCCGGCAUCACAAUAUCUAUCUAUGGAAAGCACGAAACCUAAGUGGAAGAUUGAGUGAAUAGAGCAAACACAGCCGCAUGUUGAGUGAAUGAAACACUAUGAAGAAAUAAAAAUAUCGUGAAAGAAAUAAAAGCAGAAUUUAAAAAACAGUCAUAAGACCAAUAGUGACACGAUUCGAUACAGACAGAACAAAAAGAAAUCCAUAAAAGCAGAGACUAAAACCAUUUUAGGAAAAUUUAUGGUUAAACACUAAAGUUCAUAGCUAGAAGUAGAGGUAAACGAUGGAGAUACAAAGUGUAGAACAUGAAGGAAUAGAUAAGAAAGCGAAAAGUAGAAUGAAACAAAAGUUUACCGGUUCUUAAAUAGAAAGGCGAUCAGUGGGAAGACCGUGGAUAUGAUGUAAUGAAAACUUACUGGAGACACAUUUCAAUACAGACAAAGUUAUGUCUACACAAAUAGACGACCAAGGGGAAGAAAAUAAAGUUCGCCGAAGAAUAUCAGAAAUAGGAACGAAUACUUAAUAGCGGAAAAACCAAAUUUCUCAGCAUUGGCUUAUAAAGCGGAUUUUUUACUAGAUAACAACAAGGAAACAGGGACUCGUAAUGAAUACAACAAUCUAGGAACAAUAAUACUCAAUCGAAAACGAACAGGUAACUCCGAACUUAACACCAGAAUAUACAAGAAAUAAAUGCUAUAGAAUGACUCAAUCGAAUUCUCUGGAACAAGAAUACAAUAAUUAUUAGGAAGUUUAAUACCUGCUGGUGGAUGACGGUUUAAUAAAACAACUCUGGUAAAAGUGUGCUAUUUAUACGGAUACGAAACUUGGCCAUUAAAAAAACUAAAGAAAGACCAAAGUCACGGAAGUGGAUUUAAUAAUGCGACCGCUAAAAAUGUUUAGGAGGGACAAUAUAAGGCAUGAACAAAUCAAGGAACGGGUGGGAAUAUAAAGUACAAUGGUUGAUGAUAUACAAUAAAAUCAGCUCAUAGAGUACGGGCAUGUACAGCAAAUAUAAAACAAUAGACUUGAGAAACAAGUACUCGCAUUGACACAUACAGAAGGGGGGCGGGAGGAAGACCGAACAGUAUGAAUAGAACGAGUAAUAAAAUUAAUGAGUUCCAAAGAGCUUAGAAAGCGACAAAGGAAUAACGGACCUGAAUGGAAAUUGGACAUCAACCAACGUCGAAAAACGUUCUGAACCGAUUUUAUGUAUAUAAUAUGUUACGGGUAAAGUUAAGUUAACCUUCCGAUGACCAACCUUUUUUUGUUACACGGAUGACCAAGGGGGGGGAAAAUGACCCCGGGGAAAAAACGACCCCGGGGAAAAAAUUACCCCAGGUCAAAAAUGACAAUUAACAAAAAAAUGAUUUUUUUUUUAAUUUAUUUUUUUUUAUUUUUAUGGCAUGGACUUUAUGUCAUUCAGCCAGUCACAACAUGAGUAUUAGUGUCAUGUGUAGUGUGUAUGUUGAGUAGGUGUCUUGUUACUUUGCAAAGUAGAAGUCAUUAGCGUAAAACUACUUAAAAUUACACAUAAUAGACGGUAUUUUACUAAACAUCAACUUCAGAAUAUAUUUUUUAUUCGUAAAAUAUAGGGAAUUUUUUUAAUUCAAAAUAUGAGGAUAUCUAGAAUGAUACUAAAGUCAAAUAAAAAAAUAAUGAGUUAAAAAUCAAAAAUACUUUUGAAUUUAUUAAAGAAAAACAUACGCUGGGCUCAAAAUUUCCCCCGCUUGGUCAUCCGAAGGUUAACGGGUAAACCUAGGAUUGCCCAGAUGAAAUAAAGCUGCUGGAAAUAUUGAUUGUAACUCCAAAUUCCAAAGCAGCUUUUCUUGUUUUAACAAAUAGAUUAUAAUUUUUAUUUCUGCAGUAGGUAUUUAUAGUUUUAGUUUCCUUACUUGUAAAAUGUGUUUUUUUCUUUAUAAGAUAUAUCUCAUUAAGCAUUUAACCAAGUGGCAAGCGGUAGAAUGUGUUUUACCCGAGUAAAGCCCGAAAUUUGAACUAUUUAAAUUAUAUUUUGGAUUAUGUUCUAUCGGAUCUUACCGAUACCUCGCAGGUACUUCGACCUCUACCCGGAUAAUCCUAGGUUCACACGUUAAGCUAACUUUACUCGUAACAUAUACAUAAUACAUCUAAGACUAACAUUAAAUAGAUAAUUCAAAAAUGAAUAAUUAUUUUCAAUUUCUUUGCAUCACGAAACUACAGCCGCAUUAUUUUCUAGUUCAAUUAGAGAGUGCGGCAAGCACCUCUACCGGUUUCGAAACUUAUUAGUCUCUCAUCAGGAGGUAUAUAUGCUGCUCUCUCUGACAACCAGGACAAACCCCAGCGUGCUGUUAAGGAUUGCAACAAACGAAAUGGCAGGGAUUCCCUAGCGGCAACUGCUAGCAAAAGACUAACUUUUCGAUCUAAUAACACCUAAAAUAAUAUUAAAAAUAUUACUCUACAUCCUACAGAUUGAAAACAAUGGGAACCUUCUCUGGUAACACGUCCGAGGCUUCUACAAUUUGCAAGCCAUAACGGAUGCUGAGACUAAGGAAGAUGAGAGAAUUUUACAAUUUAUAAUUCACGUCCCAUCUGCUCAGCGCGGUAAAGUUCCAACGAGAAUGGUUCCCUUCGUACUCCAAUCAGAGCAAACAUGUAAAUCAAAAAAGUGAAUAACCAUUUUCAAUUUCGUUGCAACCCGAAACUACUGCCGCCUCAUUAUUCCAGUUCAAUCAGAGAGUGCAGCAAGCACCUCCACCGGUUUCGAAACUUAUUAGUAUCUCAUCAGGAGGCACAUAUGCUGCUCUUUCUGACCCAACCAGGACAAACCCCGGCGUGCAGUUACGGAUUGCAACGAACUAAAUGGCUGGGAUGCCCUAGUGGCAACUGCUAGCAAAAGACUAAGUUUUCAAUCUAAUAGCAUAUAAAAAAUAGUAUUAAAAAUAUCACUCUACAUCUCAUCAGAUAGAAAACGAUGGGAAUCUUCUCUGGUUGCACCUUCAAGGCAUCUAAAAUUUGCCAGCCAUAACGGAUGCUGAGACUAAAGAAAAUGAGGGAAUUUUACAAUUUAUAAUUCACGUCCCAUCUGCUCAGCGCGGUAAAGUUCCAACGAGAAUAGUUCCCUUCGUACUUCAAUCAGAGUAAACAUGUUAAUCAAAAAUGAAUAACCAUUUUCAAUUUCGUUACAACACAAAACUACAGCCGCACUGUAUUCUUGUUCAAUCAGAGGGUGCAGCAAGCACCUCUGCCGAUUCCGAAACUUAUUAGUCUCUCUUAUUAGUCUAAAUAGAUAAUAUUAUCAAAACGAUUUUAAUUAGGGCCAUAAUUAAAUCAGUCUUAACAAUAUUAAAAAAAAUCAAUCCUUUUAAAAGGUUUUAAUCGGUAGGUUUAAAGCAUGGCCUGAUAUUUGAUUGUGUUGUAGUCCAAAUAUUAUGGUGUUCAUUUAUUAAUUGGAAAUAAAUUCCAAAAUCCUUUCAACAAAUAAUAUUUUUCAGAUAUUGCUAAUGAAUAUUGAAAUUGUAUCCAAUAUUCGUGUUUUGCACGAGUACUGUGUAGACUUGUUAAAUUAACAUGUAUUCUACCGAUUAAAUGUUAUUUGCGAACCGAACAAAAAUUGUAAAUUUAAAUUAAAUACACAUAUCUAUUCAACAGUCAAUAACACCUGAUAAAGUGAUAGUUUAAAAUUACAAAGAAAAAUCAUUACUAACUUCUAACUUAUACUAAAGCGUGGCAUUACUCUUAGAAAAUAUUUACCUAAAUCUCACCACCCCCACUCUUUAGCCCAAUACUCCACCUCGACUAAAAAUAUUAACUGCCUUUUACGUAAAUUUGUGCAGAUAUUGCCGGUUCGGAAUAAAAACGACGUAACUGCAAAUUUUGUCAAUUCAUGUUUAGUGCGUAAUUAACUUCUAAUAUACUGUGUACAGAUGAUACAAAAGCAACAGAACUGUAACUAUGUGCCGAGCCACUACAGGGUAGUUGCAUCGUUAUUGAAAUACGCUUCAUUUUAGACCUUGUGUUAGAUGAAUAAUGACGCAACUGUAAAUAGGGUUGAAAAGUGGGGGACUAAAUCAAGAUAAUAUAUUUCGGACCAAUAGGGAUGAAAAUACAAGCCAUCGCUGUAAGAAUAAACAACAUGCUAAAUAUUUAAAAAUAGUUUUUUGUACAGAAAUAUUUUAAUCAAGAAUGACGCAAAUGUAGAUAGAGUUGAAAAUGGGGGAAAAUAAAUUAAGAUAAUGAAAUUCGAACCAAUAGGGAUGAAAAAAAAGCCAUCAUUGUAAGAAUAAACGCCAUACCGAUGCUCCAUAGGGUUACUCUUUAUUUAAUCACUAUUUUAAAUAUUUAAUAUUUUUAGAUGAAGAAUGACGCAACUGCAAAAAGGGUUGAAAGUGGGGGGAUUGAAUUAAGAUAAUGAAAUUCGAACCAAUAUGUAUAAAAAUAAAAGCCAUCAUUGUAAGAAUAAACGCCAUACCUACCGAUGCUCCUGGAAGAUUACUCCUCAUUUAAUCCCUAUUUUAAAUAUUUAAAAAUAGUUUUUUUGCGCGCCUGAAAAAUUUGGCUUUUGCAGUUACGUCAUUCGUAUUCCGGACCGGCGAUAUAAGAAAAUGGAAAGCUCCACGAUAGGAACUCAUGAGACAAACUUUUAACGAUAUAAUAUUAAUAGAGGUAAGUUUGAUAACAUAUUGUUCACAGAUGCAUCUUAAGACGAAGUAAGUGUUGGAAGUGCUGUUACUUCCGUAAAUUAUACUAACAAUGUAUAGACUACCCAAGAUUAACAGUACCAGUAUUUGAUUUGUUCCUGCAGCAUUAGACCAUGCUACCUACUAGAAGAGGCAGCCAGUGAACUGAAUUGGAUUUAAUGUGUAUCUUCUUCUUCAUGUACCAUGUCCUUUCAGAACGUUGGUUUCCAUCAUAGCUAUCUUAAUUUUAUUCACUGCCAUCCUAAAUAGCAUGCUUGUAUCAACACCAUACCAAUCUCGCAAGUUCUUCAACUAUGAGGUUCUUCUUCGUCCUGGACUGCGUUUGCCUGCUAUUUUUCCUUGCAUAAUAUUUUCUAGCAACCUAUAUUUGGGACCUCUCAUUACAUGUCCGAAGUACUCCAGCUUUCUCUGCUUGAUGCUUUUUAUGAUCUCAGUAGUCUUGCUGAGACGUUCUAGUAUUGUGGAGUUUCGAAUCUUCUCCACCCAGGAAACUUUUAAAAUUCUUCUAUAGCACCACAUUUCGAAAGCCUCAAGGCUAUUUAGAUCAAUUUUACUCACAUUCCAGAACUCGACACCAUAAAGUAAGACCGAGAACACGUAGCAGCGAAGUAGGCGGAUCCUCAAUGCCAAUUUUAGGUCUCUGUUACAUAACACCUUGGACAUCCUUCUAAAAGCGGCUCUAGCCUGCUUUAUCCUAUAUCUAAUUUCGCCGUGACUUUCUGCGUUACAAUUUCGUUGCUGUCCAAGGUAAACGAUUUUAUCAACUUGCUCAAGUUUGGUAUUAUUUACAUAUAUAGACGGUUUUAUAUGCUGCUGUUUACUUAUUACGAGUAUUUUGGUAUUCCGUAUGUUCAGAUCCAGACCUGCCUCCCUAAAACACUCAACGACACUAUCACUAUCAAGUAGUGCUUACAGAUCUUCUUGACUAGAAGCUAGGUGUACUGUAUCGUCCGCAUAUCGCAAAUUAUUGAUGACUUCACAGUUCACAAGUAUUCCUUCUUGUUUUUCAGAAAGAGCUUUUCUGAAAAUUCUUUCGGAGUAAACGUUGAAAAGCAGUGGUGACAAGAGGCAUCCCUGCCGUACUCCUCUUUUAAUAUUAAGAGCCUGUGAUUCCACACCAUCUACUAAAACUGAUGUUGUUUGAUUCCAAUAUAAAUUUGCAAUUAUUCGAACAUCUCUGCCGUCCAAGCCUAUGUCUUUUAAAGCUUCGAUCAACAUUGAGUGCUUAACACGAUCAAAUGCCUUUUGGAAGUCAAUAAAACAACAGUAUAUGUCUACAGAUAUAUCUCGACAUCUUUGAGCAAGAACAUUCAUUCCAAACAAUGCCUCUCUCGUUCCAAACCCGUUACGGAAACCAAACUAUGUGUCAUCCAGGUAUUCCUCGCAUUUAUUGUAGAUACGACCAUGUAUUACCUUCAGAAAAAUUUUCAAUAAAUGGUUUAACAAACUGAUGGUUCUAUAAUCAGCACAGGUUUUUGGUGUUGUCUUCUUAGGUAGAGCUAUCAACAGUGAAUUAGACCAGCCAUUAGGAAGUUGUCCGCUGGUAUAAAUCGUAUUGAAAAACGAGGUUAUAGCCUCUAAAAUAUUGCUAUCAUUUAUAAGCUUGUAUAUUUCAGUUGGAAUUUCAUCAGGACCAGUCGAUCUGCCAUCUUUUGAUGAUUGUAUGACUUUUAUUACCUCAGAGCGUGUUAUUAGGGGUCCGUCGCAGUUAGUAAUAUCGGGAGGUGAACUACUCCUAUCGUCAUCGAAUAGGUUCGUGACGUAAUUUUCCCAUUCUUUAAGUUUGUGCUCUACUUCAAAUAUUAUUUUACCCUGUUCAUCUUGUAGCAAUGCAGUUUGUUUCUUAUUGAAGAUACCAGCCGCUUCUUUCACUUUUUUAUACAUGUUAAACGUGUCAUAUUUGUUUUCAAGUUCUUCAAUGUCUUGACACUGUUUGGCUAGAUGUUGACUCUUUGCUUCUCGUAUUUUACGUCGAAUUUUUUUGUAUGCCGUUAUAGAGUAUUUCGUUGUUUUUCGCUAAUCGCCGUUGUUCCAUCAAAUCCAAUAUGUCUUGUGUCAUCCAAGAAUGCUUUUUUAGCUUUGACCUGCCUUGUAAAUUUCUCACACAGAUUUCUUUUACUGUUGUUACGAUUUUAUUUAAGCCCUCAUCGACAUUCUCACCGAUAUUUUCCCAAAUUAAAUUUUCGUUCAGUUGUCUUUGAACUGAUUCCUUUACUUUCUCGUCUUGUAAUUGGGCUGUAUCAAUAUUUUUGCGAGACUUCUUUUCGAUCACCUUUUUUAAUUUUAAUUGGGUUACAGCUACUAUGGGAUUGUGAUCAGACCCAAUGUCAGCACCAAUGUGUAUGAAUUUGUUAAUAUGACAUGUGAUGAGUGAUGACACAUAAAAAGUUUAUGCAGAGUACCAAAUGGUUGUUGAUAGUACUGUAAAGGAAAGUUGAUUGUUUAAGUGAAGAUCUUCAAUAAAUAUUAACCAAAACAGGCCUUACUGAAUUUAAAGGCUGAAAGGAUUGUAGAGGUAUUCUAGAAUCUGUAUUUACUAUAAUCUGGAACUUGGCUUCAGGAACAUAUCCUAGGAAAUCCUUUAGAAUACGAGAUAAUUUGGGUAAAGUCGUCUUACUCCUGUCGCCAGGGGGGGUACAACGGCCUCCUGUAUUCAGAUGGACUUACCCAAGUUUUUUUAUGUAUUUUGACCUGUAGAACACGAAUUUUUUGGGUAACAGUUGAUCCUGAUG